CGACAACGGGUCGGGUUCGGGCUGAGGAAAAAAAGCGCGGCCCAUAUGAAACAUCCUUGACCAAAGCCCUAAUUCACUAGUAUAAAUUGCAACGAAGACUUAAGUCCUCAAGUUUCUAGGGUUUGAGCAAAAUGGGAAAAGCAGGAAAGGGAACAGGAAGUUUCGGGAAGAGGAGGAACAAAACACACACACUGUGUGUAAGGUGCGGCCGGAGGAGCUUUCAUCUCCAGAAGAGCCGCUGCUCUGCUUGUGCUUAUCCUGCUGCCCGUAUCCGCAAAUAUAAUUGGAGUGAAAAGGCCAUCAGAAGGAAGACAACAGGAACUGGUCGUAUGAGGUACCUUAAACAUGUUCCCCGCAGGUUCAAGUCCAAUUUUAGAGAAGGUACUCAAGCAACUCCAAGAACCAAGGGAAUUGCAGCAUCUUAAAAGUUCAUUGAUGAAGAUAGUUCACAGAUUUCUUUGUUUUAUAUUAAACUCAAGUUAUUGAUUUUGGAAUAUGUAGCUUUUUGCUGUACCUCAGGUUGGACUUAUAUCCCAUCCCCACCUUCGUAAUACUCUAUGGAUGUGUUAAGUUUGCCUUGCAACAGAAGCAUAAUAUAUUUGAUGGAGCAUGUUGUGUAAUUCAA